UUGUUGAUUGUUGCAGUGUCAUGGGAAUCAAACUUUCACCAGCAGGACGACGGUUAGCGACCAUUAUUGUCGCUACGCCAUUCAUGGUCACCACCAGCUGGAUUCUAUACAAACGAGUGGUGCUAGGUGAGGAGCGAAUAACAGCCGAUGGCAAACCAUUACGACCAAUGGGUGUCAAAGCACGAGAAGACCCCGUUGUUGUAUCCAACAACCGAUAAUUUGUUAUGUGAUGGACCGAUCCAAAUCUGCGCAAAUACGGCACAACUACAUGAAGUUAUAGAUAAAUCCUUUUUAAUAUGAAUUGCGGAAGAAAAAUAGAGAGAGAACAGAAAAAAAAGCUUUAGAUACAGAGAGCAUGAUAUCAUAUACAUUAUAACACAAGAAGAAGAAGAAGAAGAAG